GAUCCUCUUGCCAUUUAGACAACAAAUCGCUGAGAGAAUUACAAGGAACAGAUUAUCAUUUGAAAUUAGCUGGUUAUGACUUUGAAGAAUAAAAUAAGGUUUGCUUUUUCUAAAAAUAAUGGCACCAGUAACACUACUCAUCUCACAAUAUUGUGUCUAUGGUUGGUAUUUAGCGGGACCAGAAGCCAAACGCCAACAAUCACUGAAUCCACAAUACAGCAAUCAACAGAAUCAACAGCAGAAUCAUCGGCAUCUACCGGGACUCUGGUUCCAAGCACUACAUUUGAAGCAUCACCAACAACAGAGAACAUACAAACAAGUACACCUACAAAUCUACCAUCAAAAACAACAGAACCAACCACUACCGCUGAAUCCAAAGCACAAUCUAUAACAACCACAGAAGCAACAGCAGCAGAAACAACUGCAUCUAUAACUGCUCAAGAUCCAAGCACUAUGACUGAAAUAACUACACAGGAAACUCUAGUAAAUACACCUAUAACUGUGUCAUCACCAUCUACAACACCAAUGACAGAGCUGACUGCUAUCACUUUAUCCACAACACAGCCUACAUCAAGCAAAGAAUCAACAACAGCAGAAACAACUGCAUCUACAGAUAUUCCAGCUCCAAGCAGUACAAGUGAAGCACCACAAACUAAUAAGGAAACAACCACAAUAGUACCAUCAACUACAAUACCAACAACGGAACCAACCAUUACCAAUGAAUUCACAACACCGGCUACAGCAACCACAGAACAACCAAGAGCAGAAACAACUGCAUCUACAACUACUCCAGCUCUAAGCACCACAGCUGAAACAUCAACAACUACAUGUACAACUGUCCCAACAACAAUUACAACACAAAUAAUGGAAGUGACCACUAAUGAAUCCACAACACAGGCUGAAACAAUCACAGCACCAACAAUAGAAACAAUUGCAGUUACAACUACUCCAGCUCCAAGCACUAAAUUUGACACACAAACAACUACAGAGGAAACAACCAUACCUACAACUAUACCAUCAUCUAUAACACCAACACCAACCAUCACUACUGAAGCCACAAAACAGGCUAAAACAACCAUAGAACCAACAACAACAGGAACAACUCCAUACACAACUAUUCCAGCUUCAAGCACUAUAACUGUAGCAUCAACAGCAGAAUCAACUAGAUUAACAACCACCAUUGCUACAAGCAGCACAGCAGAAUCACCAACAACUACAGAGGAAACUCCAUCAACUACAUCUACAACUGGGCUAGCAACAACCCUAACAAAGGAAGUAACCACUACCACUGAAUCCACAACACAGGCUACAACAAAAAUAACAACAGAAGGAACAAUUGCAUCUACAACUACUCUGGCUUCAAGUGAUGCAACUGAAACAUCAACAACUAGAGAAGAAAUCCCAACAACUGCACCCACAACUGUCCCAACAACAAUUAUAACACAAAUAUCUGAACUGACCACAAGUGAGUCUACAGCACAGACUGCAACAACCACAGAACCAAUAACAGCAGAAUCAGUGGGAUUAAAAACUACCAUAGCUCCAAGCACAACUAAAAAAUUAACAACUGCAGAGGAAAAUCAAUUAUCUACACCUACAUCUCUACCACAAACUACAACAAUGACAACAGAAGUAACCACCACAACUGUACCAACAACAAAUACAGCAACAACAAUUGAAUUUACCACUACCAUUUUAUCCACAACAUGGUCUAUAACAACCUCAGAAUCAACUACAGCAGAAUCAACAGUAUCUACAACUACACUGGUUCAAAGCACUACAACUAAUACAUCAGCAACUACAGAGGGGACACCGACAUCUACAGCUACAACUGUACCAAUAACAGAAAUGACCACUACCAAUGAAUCCAGAACACAGGCUGCAACAAGCACAGAACAAUCAACAGCAGAAUCAACACCAGCAGAAUCAACUAGAUUAACAACUACCUUAGCUCCAAGCACCACAACUGAAGGAUCAUCAACUAGAGAAGAAACUCCAUUAACUACACCUAUAACUGUACCACCAUCUGCAAUACUAACAACAGAAGAAUCAACAACAGCAGAAUCAACUGGAUUAACAACUACCUUAGCUCUAAGAACAAUUGAAGCACCAAUGACUACAGAGGAAACUGCAUCAACUACACCUACAACUGUGCCACCAACUCCAACCAAAACAAUGGAGGUGACCAUUACCACUGAAUCCACAACACAGGUUACAAUAACCACAGAACCAACAACAGAAGAAUCAUCUGGAUUAACAACUACAUUAGCUCCAAGCACCACAAGGGAAGCAUCAGCAGCAACAGAGGAAAUGCUAUCAACUACAGCAACAACAGCAGAAUCAACAGCAUUUACAAAUAGUCUGUUUCCAAGCACUACAACUGAAGCAUUAAUGACUACAGAGGAGAGCCCAUCAACUAUACCUACAACUGUACCAACAACAAUUACAAUACUCACAACUGAAUUGCCCACUACCACUUUAUCCACAACAUGGGCUACAGUAACCACAGAACCAACAACAGCAGAACCAACUGCAUUUAUAACUACACUGAUACAAAGUACAGCACCACAAACUACAAUACUAACAACAGAAGUGACCACUACCACUGAAUCCACAACACAGGCUACAAUAAACACAGAACCAACAACAGUAAAAUCAUCGGGAUUAACAAUUACAUUAGCUCUAAGCACCACAAGGGAAUCAUCAACAACUACAGAGGAAACUCCAUCAACUACACCCACAACUCUCCAACCAACUACAAUACUAACACCAGAAGUGACUCAUACAACAUCCACAACACGGGCUGCAACCAUCACACAACAUACAGCAGAAUCAACAACAGCAGAAUCAGCUGGAUUAUCAACUACCUUAUCUCUAAGAACAACUACAGAGGAAACUCCAUCGACUACACCUACAACUGUGCCACACAUUACAACUCAAACAAUGGAGGUGACCACUACCACUGAAUCCACAACACAGGCUACAACAACCACAGAAUCAACAAAAGAAGUAUCCACAACAGGAGAAUCAACAGGAUUAACAACUACCUUAGCUCCAAGCAUCACAACUGAAUCAACAACUACAGAGGAAUGUCAAUCAACUAUACUGAUAACUGUGCCACAAACUACAACUAAAUUAAUGGAAACAACCUCUAUUCCUCAAUCCACAUCACAGGCUUCAAUAACUAUAGAACCAACAACAGAACAAUCAGCUGCAUCUAUAACUAUUUGGGGUUCAAGCACUACACCUAAAGCAUCCACAACUACAGAGGGGCCACCAGCAAUUAUAACAACAGCAGAAGUAACCACUAUCACGGAAACUACAACACGAGCUACACCUACAGAAUCAACAACAGCAGCAUCCACAACAACAGAAUCAACUGGAUUAACAACCAUCAUAGCUCCAAACACAACUGAGGAAACUCCAUCAACUACACCUCCAACUGUGCCACCAACUACAAGUCUAAUAAUGGAUGUGACCACUACCAGUGAAUCCACAGAAGAAUCAACAACAGCAGAAUCAACUGGAUUAACAACUACCUUAGCUCUAAGAACAAUUGAAGCACCAAUGACUACAGAGGAAACUGCAUCAACUACACCUACAACUGUGCCACCAACUCCAACCAAAACAAUGGAGGUGACCACUACCACUGAAUCCACAACACAGGCUACGACAACCACAGAAUCAACAACAGAAGUAUCCACAACAGCAGAAUCAACAGGAUUAACAACUACCUUAGCUCCAAGCAUCACAACUGAAUCAACAACUACAGAGGAAUCUCAAUCAACUAUACUGAUAACUGUGCCACAAACUACAACUAAAUUAAUGGAAACAACCUCUAUUCCUCAAUCCACACCACAGGCUUCAAUAACUAUAGAACAAACAACAGAACAAUCAGCUGCAUCUAUAACUAUUUGGGGUUCAAGCACUACACCUGAAGCACCAACAACUACACCAACAACAGAAAUAACCACUAUCACUGAAUCCACAACACAGGCUACAACAACCACAGAAUCAACAACAGCAGCAUCCACAACAGCAUUUUCCACAACAGUAGAAUCAACUGGAUUAACAACCAUCAUAGCUCCAAACACAACUGAGGAAACUCCAUCAACUACACCUACAACUGUGCCACCAACUACAAGUCUAAUAAUGGAUUUGACCACUACCAGUGAAUCCACAGAAGAAUCAACAACAGCAGAAUCAACUGGAUUAACAACUACCUUAGCUCUAAGAACAAUUGAAGCACCAAUGACUACAGAGGAAACUGCAUCAACUACACCUACAACUGUGCCACCAACUCCAACCAAAACAAUGGAGGUGACCAUUACCACUGAAUCCACAACACAGGCUACGACAACCACAGAAUCAACAACAGAACACUACACCUGA